GCGCGGAGCUGUAUCGGGAACGCGCAGGAAAAUAACCGGCUGUCAUUUCAUUUAGGAGUGAUACCACUGAGAGUGAGACAGAGAGUGAGACAGAUCGUCUCUGGGAGGAUGAUGGACGGAGUGAGCAGCAGUAAGAGCAUGUCCUACAGCCGCUGGAGUUAUGACAGCACCCUGGAUGAUGAGUGCAGUAACCUCCGGCAGCAGAAGCUGGACAGACAGCGAGCUCUCUUAGAGCAGAAGCAGAAGAAGAAGCGCCAGGAGCCCCUGAUGGUGCAGUCGAACCUGGACGGUCGCUCUCGGACCCGCAGAACACGGCAGUGUGAGGAGCAGGCGCCGCUUGUCGAGUCCUAUCUCAGCAGCAACAGCAGCACCAUCUACCAUGUACAAGAAGCUGAGCAGGAGGAGGACAAGGCUGUAGCGGAGGUUCAGGUUCCUCGCUCAGCUAAAAAAUCCAAACCGCUCACGUCGACCCCACAGACAGGCAGCGCCAAGAAGGAGAAAAAGGGCAAGCACAAAGGAACUCAUGGACCAGCGGUGUUCCAGGAUGAGGCCCAGGACCUGAGCAGCCCAAUCCAGAUUCUCACAGUGGGACAUUCCGCUGGACAAGACAGCGACGCUGAGGUCCAGAGCAAAACCGUGUCUCAGGCUCAGAGCAAGCAGGACCUGCGGGUCACAAUGCUCAAGAAAGGAAUCUCCAGCAGCAUGAAUUUUGAUGAGGAAGAAGAUGAUGAUGAUGAUGAAGUGAGCUCCAGUUCUUCUCAACUCAACAGUAACACCAGACCAGGCUCGGCCACCAGCAAGAAGUCCAGCAAGGAAGCAGCUUCAGCUUCGACACCGGUGACCAACGAGCCAUCCAUCGAUGUGGGCGAUCUGGAGGAGUUCACCUUGAGGCCAGCACCGCAGGGCGUGACCAUCAAAUGCAGAAUCACACGGGAUAAAAAAGGAAUGGACCGGGGCAUGUACCCCACCUACUACCUCCAUCUUGAAAGAGAAGACGGCAAGAAGAUGUUCCUUUUAGCAGGGAGAAAAAGAAAGAAGAGCAAAACAUCCAACUACCUGAUCUCCAUCGACCCCACUGACCUGUCGAGAGGCGGCGAGAGCUUCAUCGGGAAACUCAGGUCGAACCUCAUGGGCACCAAGUUUACAGUUUACGACAGCGGGACGAACCCGGUGAAGACCACAUCCAGCUUAGAGGCCAGCAACCUGCGUCAGGAGUUAGCAGCUAUCUGCUACGAGACCAACGUGUUGGGGUUUAAAGGUCCUCGGAAGAUGAGCGUCAUUAUUCCGGGAAUGAACAUGGAUCAUGAAAGAGUCUGCAUUAGACCUCGAAAUGAGCAUGAAACUCUGUUGGCUCGCUGGCAGAACAAGAGCACGGAGAGCGUGAUCGAGCUCCACAACAAGACUCCGGUGUGGAACGAUGACACUCAGUCGUAUGUGCUGAACUUCCAUGGCAGGGUCACUCAAGCCUCGGUGAAGAAUUUCCAGAUCAUUCAUGACAAUGACCCGGAUUAUAUCGUGAUGCAGUUUGGCCGAGUGGCCGAGGACGUCUUCACUAUGGACUACAACUACCCCAUGUGUGCGCUGCAGGCCUUCGCCAUCGCUCUGUCCAGCUUCGACAGUAAACUGGCCUGUGAGUAACUCAGUAACUCUGAAGACGAGUGGACGUGUGAGAGGACGUCCUGAUUCCCUCAGAAGGACUUCAGUGACCUGUAGGAGUCCUGAUUUAACUCAAACCCCUGCGAGAGCACACAGGAGCUCAGACUGACCGCACUCCGGACCUGGGAGAGCUUCUUUCUGCUUUUCGGGGCGGCGCUGAGGGAAAAAGCACAAAGACCGACCCACCGAUUCUUUUUCAUGUUAAAUUUUCAUGUUAAAAUGAAAUAUUGUGUAACUUCAAUGCUACAGCACAUGCGUUUGUAUUAGCGGU